UUAUUUUUUUUUUCAACAGGGCAAAACAGUAACUGUCGAAACUACUCACGGAAAAAUCAGAGGUAGCUAUGCGAAGACCGAAACCGAGAAAAAAAAUUUCUAUGCUUUUCAAGCGAUACCGUAUGCUAAACCCCCUAUCGGCGAUUUGAGAUUCAAGUAUCCCGAACGUCCGAGCAAUUGGACUGGCGUCCUGGACGCUACGAAGCCUCCCAAGUCAUGCUUACAGCCGUUCUUCGCAGACGGUGACAGGAUGUCGGAGGAUUGUCUGUUCAUCAACGUUUUCACACCCUGCCUGAACCCUUCGGAACCGCUCCCCGUCAUUGUGUGGGUACACGGAGGCUACUUCCUGGUCGGUGACGGUAGACUCAUAGACGGAGAACCAGAUCUUUUUAUCGACAAAGAAGUCGUCUUGGUCUCCCUAAACUACAGACUCGGAGUUUUCGGUUUCUUGAGUACCGGAGACGAUGUUCUGACCGGAAACUACGGCAUAAAAGACCAAGUGAUGGCUCUGGAAUGGGUUCAAGACAACAUAGCGAAAUUUGGAGGAGAUCCAGAAAGAGUAACCAUCAUGGGCCAGAGUGCCGGAGCAGCCAACGUUGCUCUUCUGCUGCAAACUCAUCUGACCGGAGGUCUGUUCAGCGCUGCCAUCAUGGACAGCGGAAACAGUUUGAACCUAUGGUCAAGGACCAAAGAUCCGGCUUCUAUUGCCAAGCUUGUGGCCAAAAACUUCGACAUCCAAUACAAUUCAUCGGAUGAGCUGAGAUCAUCCUUGCAAAAACUGGAUGCGAUCGACUUACUCAAAGGCGCAGAUCACGUGGACAUCGUGAACACUGUACUCUCGAAUCCACUGGAUGGCCUUCUGUUUGCGCCCACCAUCGAGCCUCUUCUACGAGGUGCUGUGACAGGAUUGAGCCAUAGGAGAUUGAAAGAUGGGGAUUUUAAUCGGGUUCCAGUGCUCACUGGUUUCAACUCAGCGGAAGGUUGCAUGAUUUUGCCAGUUUUUGAUUCCUUACGGAUUCUCCUAGAAGUGUACGAUCUGAGCCCUAGUAAACUGGCUCCUAUAGACUUGAACACGAACACUUCUCUCCUGCAUCAGAUAGGAAAGAUGGUACAGAGUACUUAUUUCCAAAAUAAGACGAUAUCUUCAUCGAAACAAAAUUUCGUGAAGUUCAUCACAGACCACGAGUUUGCCAGGCCUGCUAUCGAAUUUGUCAGGUUAAUUUCCAAAUACGUACCUACGUAUUUCUACAGAUUCGACUAUCUUGGAGAAGAUCUACCCUCUACCAACAGGUCUGAGAGGGAAGUUAAAGGUGCGGAUCAUGGGGAGGAACUGUUAUAUUUAUUUUACCAUUCUGACGAAAAAACUCCCAGUAAGAGCGAUAUGGAUACGAGAGAGAGGCUGAUCAGGAUGUGGACCAACUUUGCGAAGUACCAUAAUCCCACACCAAAGGUCGAUCCAGUUCUCCAAAACGUCAUUUGGAAACCGGUGCAACCCUCAAGUAUCAACUAUUUGAACAUUGACGAAAACCUGACAGUGCUGAAGGACCCAAACCAUAACUAUACCCAAUUUUGGACUUCAAUUUACAGAAAUUAUGGGGUGCCACCCUUCGAUACUUACUGAAAAAAAUAUCUUCGCUAUUCUAAGCUUUUUAAUAUUGUAUAUUAUAUUUUGCCAUUAUUUGUUUCCUUGUAGGAAAUUUGUAACUCAAUUGAUGUAUAUCUUCUAUUAUAUUUUGUACUCAAACUAAGGAAUAAAUUGUUAAUUUUCGUAA